UCAAAUGAAAAUUUGUAAGAUUUUAGAGCAGAUCGGUGUCCGUGAUUUCCUCAAUUUAAGGCCAAUUUGUAGUAUUAGAACUGUUGAAAAAUGCGUCGGGGACGAGCGCGGGCCGUGUGAAAUGCAUGCGAAAGUCGUCGGUGCGGCAAAUCAGUGCGAAAAACAUCCCAAAUGCUCCAAGUGAAAACCCCCUAAAGUGAAGAAAACUCCACUCGCACACACACACACACACGCACUCGGUAGAGACACACGGUAAAAGGAAAAGCGGUGUGUUUUGUGGGAAAACAAAGAGUGCGAAAAGUGCAAAAAGUGCGGAAAGUGAAGUGGCGGGCGUCGGAGAGCCGGAGUCCGUCGCAGGAAAAUCCGUCAGCAUGGAUGUCGAAACACAGGAAAUACGACAGGCUCGUCAACGUGCUUCCGUCAAGUGGCUGCUCUCGAAGGCCUUCAACAAUCGCGUGCCGGACAACCUGAAGGAGCCCUUCUACCGCGACCAUGAGAACCAGGAGCGCCUCAAGCCGCAGAUCAUCGUGGAGCUGGGCAACGCCACGCUCUACUGCCAGACGCUGUCCAAUCUGUACUCAGAUCCCAACUACCAAAGCAUGAACCACUGGUCAAUAAUACAGACGCUAGCGCGCAAGGGAGUUCCCGUGGCGGAAUCCUCGGACAUGCCCAUUACCGAAACGGUAUUAAUUCAAACGAAUCCGCUGCGAAUUAACGCCCACAUGUCUGUGAUAGAAUCGCUGAUGGUUUUGUAUGCGAAGGAAAUAUCGUCGGGUGACCGCGUCAUGGCGGCCAUACGAAGAAUAUCUGGCAACAACUAUCAGGCGCCUCCUGGCCAGUCCUACGAGCAAGCUCUGCUGGGCUGGAUUUCACAUGCUUGCGCCGCUCUCAAGAAGCGCAUUAUCAAGGAGGUGGACGCCGGACUGCCCGAUGAUAAUGGCUCUCGUCUGCAGACGCCGGACAUACCGCCUGUAAGGGACUUCCAGGAUCUGUGCGAUGGCAUCUGCUUGGCACUGCUCAUCUCGUACUACUGUCCAAAGGUGGUGCCGUGGACGAGUGUGCGUAUUAACUAUCUGCCGGCCGUCGAGGAUUCGAUUCACAACAUCCUGCUUGUGUGCAAUUUCUCGCAGAAGCAUCUGCCAUAUAGCGUGUUCCACAUGACGCCCGAGGAUGUAACCUAUAUGCGCGGAUCCAUGAAACUGAAUCUGGUACUGCUGCUCACGGACCUAUUCAAUCUGUUCGAGAUACACCCAGCCAAGUGUGUUUGCUACCCCGGCAUGGAUGGUCAGGAUGUCAUCGCCCGGCGCACUUUGGGCGCCAAUGAGCACGGGAUCUGCCAUCGAAGAGGGCUCACUGUACAGCCCGUCACACCCAUUCCCGAUCUGCGCAGCGAUCUCGACCAGCCGCCAGUGGGCUCGCCUCAGAAUCGACCACCGUUCCAAGUUCCGCACUCGAAUUCAUUUGGCGGCGGCUUAAAUCGCAGAUCAACCCCGCCCAACGAGUACCAGACGGUUCAGUCAAAUAAUUUCGAUGGUAAUAAUCAUGCCGAAGCCUUCGUGGUGCACAAGUCGCGUGGCAUCACCACACUCGCCUCCAUGCACUCGCAGCAGCAGCAGCAGCUCCAUCAGCAACACCAGCAGCAGCAACAGCAGCAAUACCACCAGCAGGCACCGCAGCAACACCCGUCCCAGUCGCAGCUCCAAAUUCAGCAGCAGGAGCCCUUGGUUCCGGCUCGGUUGCGCCAGGCUAAAGAAAAGACCAAUGUCGAGUCGAAGGCGGACGAGAGAGGCGAUUUUGUCGCUGCGGGUCGACCAAGUAACUGGGAACAGAGCCGCCGGCCAAGCUUUGCAGGUCGUCGAUCGCGCAGAAAUUCUUCCAGCGAGGACUCCCAGCUGACCAUCGAGAACUUUGGCGGCUCCCAGGAUCAGCUGAAUACCCUAGGGCGGUACGAACGCGAGAGGGAACGUAAGUUGUCCAACACCAGUGUGGGCAGUGCAUAUCCAGUUGAACCCGCUGUGGCCGUGCGAUCUUCGAUUGCCGAUGCUCGAGGCACCUUGCAAUUGGGCUACGACACGGAUUCGGGCUCUGAGAAGCAGGAUCGUGAAACGGAAAAGUAUUCGAUGCGCCGGCAGGUCAGUGUCGACAAUGUGCCCACGGUUUCGUCGCACAAUCUCUCGAAUACGGGCAGCCCGUUGCCGGUGGCAAGGCACAAGCAACAUUCCAGCGACAAAGACUACAGCAGCAACAGCGGCAUGACGCCGGAUGCCUACAACGACACCCGUUCCACCAGUGGCUACGACCCGGAGAGCACUCCCGUGCGCAAAUCCUCAACGAGCAGCAUGCCGGCGAGUCCCGCUGCCUGGCAGUUGGAUGUGGGAGACGACGACAUGCGAUCGCUGGAGAAUGCCAGCAAGCUGUCCACAAUUCGGAUGAAGCUGGAGGAGAAGCGUAGGCGCAUAGAGCAGGACAAGCGCAAGAUCGAGAUGGCCUUGCUGCGACACCAGGAGAAGGAGGAUCUGGAGUCGUGUCCGGACGUGAUGAAGUGGGAGACCAUGAGCAACGAAUCGAAGCGCACGCCCGACAUGGAUCCCGUUGACUUGGACAAGUACCAGCAAAGUAUCGCCAUCAUGAACAUGAAUCUGCAGGACAUUCAGCAGGAUAUUCACCGCCUGGCCACCCAGCAGAGUCAGAUGCAGGCUCAGCACCUGCAGGCCCAGCAGCUGAUGCAGGCUCAGCAGAUAGCCAACAUGCUGAACCAGCAGCAGACCUACGGGUCGCAGCAGCACCUGGCCGAUCACCAUUACCAGCAGCCGAGACCCAUGCAGCAAAGCUUUGGUUCAUCGCCGCAUCUUCCGCAGGCUUACAAUGCUCCAGUCAGUGCGUACAGCUCCCGUCCGCCCAGCCGCGAUCCCUACCAGCAGCAGCACCAGCAUCAGCAGCCACAGCCGAUGGCGAUGCCCCAGCCGAUGCAGUACGUCAACGAGCACGGGCAGUAUAUGUCGCCGCCGCAGCCCGCCCACUACAUGCAGCAGCAGCCACAGCAGCAGCCGCAGAGCAUCUACAGUGACAACGGUGCGGCGUACAACAACCACAGCAACCACUCGCCCUACGGCGGAGCCCCGCAGUAUCGGAGCAGUGUGGUAUACGACGAUUACGGACAGCCCACCAACCACUUCUAUCUGCACGAGUCGUCGCCACAGCCUCAGGCUCAUCCGCAGCGCAGGACCUGGGCUCACUCAGCGGCAGCUGCCGCCUACGAGCAGCAGCAGCAGAUCCAACCGCCUCUGGUGGAUGUUAAUGCCUGGCAGACACAGCAGCACCAGAAGCAGAAACAGACCUGGAUGAACAGACCGCCGUCGAGUGCAGGGGCUCCCAGUCCUGGCAGCUUUGUGCUGCACCAGAACGGAGGAGGUGGCGGCGGAGGCGGAGGUGGUGGCGAGCUACAGCACCUGUUUCAGGUACAGGCCUCACCUCAGCACGGCCAGCGUCAGGUGAGCGGAUCCAAUGGCGUGCAGCGCCAGCAAUCGCUGACUAACUUGCGCGACAAUCGAUCGCCCAAGGCGCCGCAGCAAAUGGGAAUGCCCAUGGUGAUGCCUAUGCAACACGAGGACAUGAUGGCGCCGCAGAGCAUUUGCUUCAUCGGUGACGAGGAGGAUGUGGAUGAGCUGGAGCGCAACAUCAUCGAAUCCAUGCAGUCGACGCGCAUCUCCGACUUUGUCCACCAGCAGCAGCAGCAGCACCAACAGCAACUUCAGCAGCAACAGCGGCUGCAGGGGCACAGUGGACGAGGCAGCAGCUCGGAGGAUUACGACAGCGGGGAGAUGAUCUCCAACAAGCUGAACAUCACCAGCGGCAAUCUCACCUACCGCAUACCCUCGCCCUCCCGUCCCUCCAUCCAAGCCAACAGCUUCCAGGAUCCCCGAGCAAUGGCAGCGGCAUCCGGCGGCGAGGACCAGCCGCCUGAGAAGGGCUUUUACAUCUCCUUCGACGAUGAGCAGCCCAAGCGACCCAAGCCACCGCUGCGCGCCAAGCGAUCGCCCAAAAAGGAGGCUCCGCCGGGAAGCAGGGACAGCGUCGAUAACCAGGCGACUCUCAAACGUGAAUCGCUUAGUCAGCUGCACAACAACAACAUCAUUGGGUUCGGUGGUGAGGAUGUGAACAGCAAGCCGAUGACCAGGCACAGCAUCCAUGGCCUAAACAACUCCAACAGUGUCAAAUCCCCCGGGAAUGCCACAUACAACAAGUACACCGAUGAGCCGCCCAUCCAACUCCGCCAGCUGGCCGCCUCGGGAGCAGUUUCGCCAACUGGCAACGAGCGUCGGCUCUUGGAGGAUUUGACCAACCAGCCACCGCAGCAGUUAAUGCAGCAACCCAUGUCGCCCACGCGACUCCAGCAGAGCAGCAACAACGCAGAGGCGGCCAAAAACAAGGCACUGGUCAUCGGAGCAGAUUCCACCAACUUGGAUCCGGACUCUGUCGAUGAGAUGGAGCGGCGCAAGGAGAAGAUCAUGCUGCUGUCCCUGCAACGUCGCCAGCAGCAGGAGGAGGCCAAGGCGCGCAAGGAGAUCGAGUCUUCCCAGAAGCGGGAAAAAGAGCGCGAGAAGGAGGAGGAGCGUUCAAGGAAGAAGGAAGAGCAAAUGGCUAGGCGAGCGGCCAUUUUGGAACAGCACAGACUCAAGAAAGCCAUCGAAGAGGCCGAGCGAGAGGGUAAAACCCUGGAUCGGCCCGAUUUGCAUGUGAAACUGCAACCCCAUUCAUCCACCUCAACGACUCCGCGACUGAGGCAGCAGCGCACCACGCGUCCCAGGCCCAAGACGAUCCAUGUGGACGAUGCCAGCGUGGACAUCAGCGAGGCUUCGAGCAUCUCUAGUCGGGGCAAGAAAGGCUCAAGCUCGAAUCUAACCGGCUACGGUCAACUAAGCUCAAAUUCAAUGAAAAGAGAUUACUACAGGGGCUCGCAAGACUCCCUCACUGUAAAAGAGUCACCCGAUGAUUAUCCCAGUACAAGUUCAACUCCGAUUGGACGACGGGGAUCGUACAAAACUUCCAGAGAGCCAGCCGGCGUAGAAAGGGGCCGCACUCUGUCGCGUAUCUCCGUCGCUAAGGGCAGCACGCUUAAUUUCCGGGGCCGAAAGUCCAAUUCGCUAAUGAAUCUGUGCGACACAGAUUCGGGACUGGGACGCGCCACUCCGCCGAGGCGUGCUCCGUCGCCUGGAAUGGGAAUGGGCGCUUCAGGUAGGCAUAUGCCAUCUCCCUCCGGACCGGGCUCUUUGCCGCCAGGUUUGAUAUCGAAACGUCGCGGAUUUGAUGAUGGAUCCAGCGAUUUCUCUUUAACUCCGAAUUUGAACAUGGAAUAUUCGGGUCCUAAACUCUAUAAACAACCAGCGGCCAAAUCGAAUCGUGGGAUUAUCCUGAACGCCGUUGAAUACUGCGUUUUCCCCGGCGUUGUCAACCGCGAGGCCAAACAGAAAGUGCUGGAGAAGAUUGCUCGCUCGGAGGCGAAGCACUUUCUGGUACUCUUCCGGGAUGCGGGCUGCCAGUUCCGCGCCCUCUACAGCUACCAGCCCGAAACGGACCAGGUAACGAAGCUGUAUGGCACUGGGCCUAGUCAAGUCGACGAAGUGAUGUUCGACAAGUUCUUCAAAUACAACUCAGGAGGCAAGUGCUUCUCGCAAGUGCACACAAAGCAUCUGACGGUGACCAUAGACGCCUUUACAAUACACAAUUCCCUGUGGCAGGGCAAGCGGGUGCAGUUGCCAAGCAAAAAGGACAUGGCGCUUGUUAUCUAAGCGGCGGGCAGGGUAUUUUUGACGGCGUCCAUCGACUCGGAUGCAGAGAGGAGGCGGUGGAGCGGUUGGGCCAACGGGCGCCUGGCGCCGUUUUGGUCGGAACAACACUAUUCUACAAGUUUGCGCAUUAAGACAUCUAUGGAAACAUAACAAAACAUAUACCGAAAGUUAUUCUGUAGAUCGCGGGUUUUGGUGUUCAUCGGGGCAUAUAUACGGCUACUUACUAUUUGCACAUGUUUGAAGGACAAGAAAACGGAAUUUACGGAAAAUAUUGUAGUGAUUAAUACAAUGCGAUUGAAUAUUUAUUUUGAAUAUAAAUGCAUAUAUCCAGCCUAAGAAUUUAUUGUUCACGCAAGCCUGAAACAGUAGGAGAACCAUCUAAAUGUAAACAAGGAACAGAUCAGAUACAGAUAACAAGUAGAAAUAACACAGCAGAGCACACUCGAAAGCCAAAAGAAUGUAAUGGAAUUUUGAAUGAAUGUAUUUUUGUUUGCAAACAGAACGCUCCGCUGAACGACGAGUAUGAGGAACAAAUGUAGAAAAUCCUUUUUAUUAAUUUGUUUUAUAUUGUUAUGAAGUUAUUCAUGUGAAAUUUUUCUUUGCCUUAGGCAGGCGGAUAUGAAAUCGUGUAUGGGCCGCAGCCAAAGUCGAAACUAAUUUUAAUGCCACUAGCUAUUUAUUUUAACACUAAUUAAUACUUACUUUUUAUGCGUAUUUAAAAAGGAAUAAUAAUACAACUAAUAUUUAAAGAUAUCUAUAUCUAUACAACCAGAAAAAGACUUUUGACUGCUGAAACGGAAAUCCAUUGUUCUUUUAGAUUUCUUUUGCAAAGUCAGAUGCACGACGAGCAGUCAGACUCUAAAAAAAAAUUCACAAAUUGUAUUGCACUCCUAACGAUUAGAGAACCCUUUCGAAUGCAUUUGCUUCCUAUGUUGAGGCUGGCUGGAAUUGACUUGUGUAACUGCCAUCGACCUUACUUUUAACUUUGUUCAAUGAUCACUUUUUAGAUUGCUCAACCGUUCGAUGCACCUGCUUGCACCUUAGUCCCUAACACCCUACACUCAUCCUGUUUUAUAAAUAAAGCGAUCGAUCAAUCCA